AAAUGGCUUCAAGCAAAUGACCUUCAGAAAGAAGUCUACCAGCAUCUGGCCUAUUAUGUACCAAAAAUUUACUGCAGGGGUCCUAACCCUGCCCCACAAAGAGAAGACAUGCUGGCACAACACGUUUUGCUGGGACCAAUGGAAUGGUAUCUUUGCAGUGAAGACCCUGCAUUUGGUUUUCCAAAGCUUGAGCAAGCGAACAAACCUUCCCAUCUCUGUGGCCGUGUGUUUAAAGUGGGAGAGCCUACGUAUUCUUGCAGAGACUGUGCAGUUGAUCCCACUUGUGUAUUAUGCAUGGAGUGCUUUCUUGGAAGUAUUCAUAGAGAGCAUCGAUACAGGAUGACAACAUCAGGUGGAGGAGGUUUCUGUGACUGUGGUGAUACAGAAGCUUGGAAAGAAGGUCCUUACUGUCAAAAGCAUGAACUUAACACUUCAGAGACUGCAGAAGAAGAGGAUCCUCUUGUGCAUUUACCAGAAGACAUGGUAGCAAGAGCUUAUAAUAUUUUUGCCAUCACAUUUAAAUAUGCAGUAGAUAUAUUAACGUGGGAAAAGGAAAAUGAAUUGCCUGGCCUAGAAAUGAGUGAGAAGAGUGACACUUACUACUGCAUGCUGUUUAAUGAUGAAGUCCACACCUAUGAACAAGUUAUUUAUACUCUUCAGAAGGCUGUCAACUGCACGCAGAAAGAAGCUAUUGGUUUUGCAACAACAGUAGAUAGAGAU